ACGGUCUCGGCCCAGCGGUGUCGUCGUCUCCGGUCCUCCGGCACAGCAGAGCCAAACACAGGCACGGAGCACCUUUAAAACUGCAGCUAAACGACGAAGUUGGGGCUUUAAAUCACUAAACCGAGUGGUGUUUGGCUCCGGCUUGACUUGUCUGACUUUGCUCUCUCUCUCUCUCUCUCCCUCUCUCUCUCUCUCUCUCUCUGUGUGUGUGUGUGUGUGCGUGUGUGGGACUUCCCAUCACACCGAGGCUCCCGCUUCAAGGCACUCAGGCUUAGCAAACUCACAGCUAGCAUGCUGUUGAAUAAUCAAACGAGGCGACUCCUUUCGGUUUAAUCUUUCCCGUCAUGACCGAGUUAAGAUGCCGGAUAUCAGCGACUGUGGAGGCCGAGACAGCCGAGCGGCUCCGGGGUGAACCUGACUCUCACACGGCACCUGGGGGUGAGGGUCCAGAGGGGGAGCACACAGAGGACGAGGGGAGUGCUGCUCCUGAUGGGACGGAGGGCAAGGAGCUCCAAGAUGAGGAUGGAGUGAAGGAGCAGGAAGCCCAGGAGAAGGAGGAGGAAGCAGAGGGAGUGGACAGCCACGAGUCGCCUGUCAAAACACCCAGGGGCAUCUCUAAUUGUAAGUCGGUUUUCCUCCAGCGUUUGGUGAAGCUGUUCUUCGGGUGCCUGGCAGCGGUCGCGUGUGGCAUGCUUUAUGCAAUCUACCUUUCCACCUACCACGACAGGAAGUUCUGGUUUUCGAGUAGACAGGAGCUGGAGCGUGAAAUCACCUUCCAGGGAGGCAGUGGGCUCUAUUAUUACUACUAUAAGCGCAUGCUGACGGCACCAUCUUUCGAAAGAGGGUUUUAUGAGCUGACAAUAGAUAACCGGACUGUUUCGGGUCAGACCAUCAACGCAGUGGAGCGUCUGUCUCUGUAUCCGGAGCUCAUCACCAGCUUCAUUUACAGAGUCACAGGAAGUCAGGACUUGAUGGAGCCGAUAUAUUUCUACAUCGGGGCCGUGUUUGGCCUCCAGGCAGUCUACGUCACGGCCCUUUUCGUGUCCAGCUGGGUGAUGAGUGGCACCUGGGUGGCUGGCAUGCUGGCUGUGGCCUGGUAUGUUAUCAAUAGACCAGAUACAACCAAAGUGGAACAUGCCAUUCCUCUACGGGACAACUGGGCUCUGCCUUACUUCUCCUGUCAAGUGGCAGCUUUGACUGGAUUCCUGAGUAACAAAAUCAACUCUGCUACUGAGAUGUUCUGCUAUCUCACCAUGAGUGCCACCACCUUCACCUUCCUCCUGGUUUGGGAGCACAGCCACUACGUGCUCUUUAUCCAGGGCCUGUGUCUUUUCCUGCUCGACUCUUUCGACCUGGUGCCGUCCCGCAAGAUGGCUGACAUUCACAAGGUGUACCUCAGCUCCUUGUUCCUGGCCUACCUGUUCCAGUUUCAGAACCCGGCGCUGCUCAGCUCCCCUCUGCUCAGCCUCUUGAUAAGCUCAGUGCUCGCGAGGUACUUCCAGCAAAACAUGAAGAUGGGUCCCCUAGUGGCCAGACUAAUGAAGCUCUUCCUACAUUUUUAUCUCGUCUUCACCACAGGGAUCACCUUCAGCUAUUUGGUCAAGAAACUUAUACCUGUAAGUGAGAGUGACUUCAUAUUGAAGUUCUUUGAAGUGAAGUUUGGGCUCAACACAACAACGGACUUUGUCACCAACUUCCUCCUGUGCCAAGAGAGUUUCCAGACUCCGGUCCAGGACUUUUUCCUGCGACUGACCCAGGCCUCGGUGCUUCCCUUCUACUUCCUGGUUCUCUUUGUCUGCCUGCUGUCCACUUUGCAGACCAUCUACAGAAGACUCAGCGGUGAGCCAAUGAAAACCAACCUCAGGCUUGAAGAUGGACGAAUAGGAGAGCAGCCUGAGGUCAUCUAUCAUGUUUUCCACACACUGCUGUUUGGAGGCCUGGCCAUGGUUUUUGAGGGGAUGAAGUACUUGUGGACUCCGUACGUUUGCAUGUUCACAGCGUUUGGUGUGUGUUCUCCUGACCUGUGGAUGACUGUGUUCAGGUGGCUGAAGCUCAAGUCCAUCCACCCUGUAGUGCUGGCUUUGAUUUUGAGCACGGCGGUUCCCACCAUCAUCGGUUUCAGUUUGUGGAGGGAGUACUUCCCUCGUGUGUUAGCGGAGUUGUCUGAGCUGCAGGAGUUUUAUGACCCAGAUACAGUCGAGCUGAUGAGCUGGAUCAAGACGCAGGCUCCCAUGGCGGCCGUGUUUGCCGGCAGCCCUCAGCUGCUCGGGACGGUGAAGCUGUGCUCCGGCUGGGCUGUGACCAGCUUACCGCUUUACUCAGACAUCAACCUGCUGAGGAGGAGUGAGGACACCUACCAGGUUUAUGCGAUGAGAUCUGCGGAGGAUGUCUACAAAAUCCUGACGUCUCACAAAACAAACUAUGUGAUCAUUGAAGAGUCCAUUUGUAACGAGCUCAGCCACAAUAAAGGCUGCAGGAUCAAAGACCUGCUGGACAUCUCAAACGGACAUGUCGUGUACGACAGAGGAGAGAUCUACUCCUUCUCCAAGCACGGACGAUUCUGCCAGGAGAUCAAGAUGAACUACUCGCCGUACACCAACUACUUCACCAGAGUGUUCUGGAACCGCUCGUAUCACGUCUACAAAGUGAACUCGGUCAUCUCCUUCCAGUACUGACGGCCGCCUGCGCCUCCCCUCCCGUCUCACUCCCUGUUCACGGUGUCCCACAAUGCAAUGCAGUAUCUUUUGUGCUCACAGGGUUUGGAUGAGCACGGUUUGGUCUCUCGCCUUACACAUUUGGGUUUGAAGCACAUCACGUAAGUCGCUGUGGUUUCAAACCCGUCCUGGCUGAAGACCGCUGCAGGACGAGCAGCACAGCAGGGUGUGAAUUUAACACCAGCCCACACCUGACUCGCCCUGGUGAAUUGUGACUGUGUAGCGAGUCCGAUCUGCCAGCCGCUAAGCAGUGAAUCAGCCGUCGCCGAGAGGUCUCAUUCUCAUGUGAAAUCGUAUUUUGCUGCUCACAAAGUGAAAGUGUCAGGGGAAAUGUUAGUCCUCCGUUCCCAGUGGCUGGUAGAUGAAUGAGUGAGCAGACAGAGACCAGAGAGCACAUCGUAUUCAGCUUCAAGUUAUUGCAUUAGACAUUGUUCUCAGUGUGUAGAUGGUAUAGGCCCUUUUUAAGUUGAAACACGCCACGUCGAUCACUGUACUGUAUUACUUUUCUGGAUCAUGCAUUAAGUGAAAGGAGAUGUGGAUGUGAAAUCUGUGUUCCACUCUCAGCUCUGUUUUUAUGUUUCUGUUCUCACAAAAAAGAAAUACUCAUGCAGUGCAUGUGUAUGUGCUGUUUUUUUUUUUUUAUUUUUUUUUUAUUAAGGUUGCUGCUUUUUCUGGCUUUACUUCUGGUAGUGAGGUGUCCCCGUGUAUGCUGCCUGACGUGUGAUGUGUUGUGCAAAAGGGAAACAGGCCAACCAGGAUGAGCCGGGCUCACCUGUUGGAGAGGACCGCCACUAAAGUUAAGGAUUCACGUAUCGUUCCCAUGGUGCAGCUUAGUCCAAUCCAGUUUUUUCAAAGCUCAACCCAAAAGCCGCAAAGUCACAAGACAGAAUCACGACUCAAACUUGGGAUAUUAUGAGAUAUAAAGUGUAAAACUGCUUCAGAUGCCAUGAAUGGAAGACGAUUUUUGGACUCUCAGAUUGUGCAGUCACUUUUUUAACACCCAACUAACUUCGUUUUUAACUCCUGUUGGCUGUGAAAUGCACCGUUAUUCCCACAUCAUUCUUCUCCCUGUAGAUAUCUCAGAGCUCUAGAUAUUUCUCAUAGUGACGUUUCAGAUUUGAGUAAUAAUUCCCAGGCCUCUUGCCGUGGGAAAGUGUUUUCCUAAACCAUCAGCGGACUUUGCCUGGCAGCAGGAAAAACAUCUGAACUCUUAAACUGGGUGGCGUCCCUCUUUCAGCCUUACAGGGUAGUGAAGGCUGGUUCUGAAGCUACUCGUUUUUUGUUGCUUUGUCCUCCAAAUCCUCCUCAUCUUGAUGCCUUAUAGUGAGAAGUGGUGGAUGGGAGGUUUCUGACCUAAAGGACAGUUUUGACUCGGUCCAUCUUCUUAAUUAUCCCUUUAGCUCAGAGGUCAGAUGCUGCCCACGCCCAUCCCGUUCUGAACUCACUGUUACUGUCAGUUUUCCUACCUGAAAUAUUCGUUCCGUUCUGCAAACGUAACGCCGUAUUUCUCCUCAAUGUUAACCUUUUUUUUUUUUUUUUUUGGUCUUACACUGGUGCUAGCAUGCCAGUCUAACCAACUGUCGCUCUGCAAACGGCCAUGCUAUGAUAAUUAGGUUUUAUUGAAUUACUGAUGCAAAUGAAUUGUAUAAGUUGAUAAAUACAUAAAUGAACUCCAUAA